UUAAUAUUAUUUUAUGUAGAGGUAUGAAGUUCCUUUAAAAAACAAACAAACAAACAAAAAACCCAAAUUAAGAGUUCCAGUACUGCCAGCCAAAGCUGCAUUGAAAAAGAAAGAAAAAAAAAAAAAAAAAGAGCAAACAGACAAAAACAAAACACCUUGAGAAAUAUCUUAUUUUAAAAUAGUGUUUUCAAACAAGAUCUUACUUAACAGACGAGGCUAGCCUCAUGCUUGUAUUGAUCUGAUCCUCCUGCCUCACAGUGAGCUACCACACCCAGAUAGAGUACUUUGGCUUAUGUGACAAAGCUCACUUUCUAGGCUUCCUUCCCUACCUUUAAAGAUCUGAAUACUCUCACCUGGCCGGGAACUCACUGUGUAGCCCUGGUUGGCCUUCAAGUUUUGCCUUGACCUCAGAAAUACUGGACUAUUGGGUUUGUGCCACAACAUCAGGCUCUUUUUUCAUCUAUUAGAGUUAGAGUUAAAGGAUGCUUCUGUUUGUAAUGACAACAGAUGUGAAAAAGAUAACUAGGGGAGGGGCAGUGGUGGGCCACGCCUUUUAUCCCAACACAGAGGCAGAGGGAGGCAGAUUUCUGAGAGUUCCAGACCAGCCUGGUCUACAGAACAAGUUCCUGGACAGCCUCCAAGCCACAGAGAAACCCUGUCUCAAAAAACCAAAAAGGUAACUAGGGACUGCUUUUGUUUGCUGAAUCAGAAAAGGCAAGUGUAUAUUAGCUACAAAUCGCAAAUGCUGUAAACAGAGCAACAGGUGAGUCUAUUGGAAGAGGUGGGAAGAUACCAAGAUGGGGCUUUAUGGGAGCUAAUGUCAGGAUAGGAGUGCAAGAAGAAAUGUAACCCUCCAACUAAUAUUUUUUUCUCUCUCCCCAUCUCUAAGUUAAAUAAUGGCAGAGAUAAGUAAGUUAGAGGAUGAAGCUCAUGGAGCCUCCAUGGCUGCUGCCUUGGAGAAACUGCAAGUGGAGGCAAACUGUUCCCUAUGCCUGGAUUAUCUAAAGGAGCCGAUGAUCCUUGGAUGCGGGCAUAACUUCUGCAAAGCCUGCAUCACCUGCUGUUGGGAGGACCUAGAGCAGGACUUCCCUUGCCCGGUCUGCCAAAAGACAUCCCAAUACCAGAAUCUCCGGCCUAAUAGACAACUGGGAAGUAUGGUGGAAAUCGCCAAGCAACUCCAAGGCUUCACGCAGAAGAUCAGAGAAGAAAACCUUUGUUUUGAACACCAGGAGGCAAUGAGCCUCCUCUGCUACGAAGACCAGGAGGCUGUCUGUCCGACAUGUGCAAUAUAUCAUACCCAGCAAGCCCACACCAUCCUGCAACUGGAUGAUGUUACAAAGGAGUGCAAGGAGAAACUGCAGAAGUGCCUUGAGCUCCUGAACCAGAAGCUUCGGGAUAUCAGCCGCUGCAAAGCCUCUGAAGAAAAGAAACCAGGGGAGCUCAAGAGACUAGUGGAGAGCCGCAGACAGCAAAUCCUAAAGGAGUUUGAAGAGCUCCACAGGAGGCUGGAUGAGGAACAGCAGACUCUCCUUUCCAGACUGGAAAAAGAAGAGCAGGACAUUCUACAGAGGCUUCGAAAAAAUGCUGCUCACCUUGGGGAGAGGCGCUGGGACCUGACCUACUUAGUUACUGAGGUGGAGGACAAGUGCUUACAGUCAGGCUUCGAGAUGCUUAAGGAUGUGAAAAGUACCCUGGAAAAAUGUGACAAGGUGAAGACCAUGGAGGUGACAACAGUAUCUAUAGAGCUGGAAAAGAACUUCAGUAAUUUCCCCCGGCAGUACUUUGCCCUCAGGAAAAUCCUCAAACAGCUAAUUGCGGAUGUGACCCUGGACCCUGAGACGGCUCAUCCUAACCUUGUCCUGUCAGAGGAUCGGAAGAGUGUCAAGUUUGUGGAGACAAGACUCCGAGACCUCCCUGACACACCACAGCGUUUCACUUUCUACCCUUGUGUCUUGGCUACUGAAGGCUUCACCUCAGGUCGACACUACUGGGAGGUGGAGGUGGGAGACAAGACCCACUGGGCAGUGGGAGUAUGCCGGGACUCUGUGAGCAGAAAGGGCGAAUUGACUCCACUCCCUGAGACUGGCUACUGGAGAAUACGGCUGUGGAAUGGGGACAAGUAUGCAGCCACCACCACACCUUUCACGCCUUUGCACAUCAAGGUGAAACCUAAGAGGGUGGGCAUAUUCCUAGACUAUGAGGCCGGCACAUUGUCUUUUUACAACGUCACGGACCGCUCACAUAUCUAUACCUUCACUGACACUUUUACUGAAAAACUUUGGCCCCUCUUCUACCCAGGGAUCCGGGCUGGCCGGAAGAAUGCUGCACCACUUACUAUCAGGCCCCCAACAGAUUGGGAGUGACAAGACAUGGAGCCUAAUUGGGGUGAGGCAGGGUGAAGAGUGACAACAGGUCUUCCUUACUGUGACCUGCUGGGAUAGCUUGGUGUCAACGUGGUUCCAGUCCUCAGCCAUCUUGAGAAACCACCUGGUCUCUGGGAUGCAUUGUGUGAACGAGUAGAGACAGGACUGGGCUGCCUGACAGCACAGAUGAGUGUCCCUACUUAACUGUAGUGGGAGAGUGAGCCCCAGGGGAUUGUAAUCUCUGAAGUCCAGCAGGUUUCCUACUGCACAAUGACUGAUUGUAAAGAAAAGGCCUCUCUAGAAAUAGAAAGUCGACAUGAAAGAGUCUUAACUUGCUUAAAGUGCAGGAGACAGAAACCUUUAAGAGGCUUCUGUGACUCAAGGGUAGCCUUGUCCUUGAGGGAGCACAUAGGGAUUUGUGUACCUCUGUGUUGGAAAGAUGAGUGGCUGCUGCUGUUAUGAUUGUAGAAUUGAGAGGCUUUUCUGAGGGCAGAGAUUGGGCAUUCAGUUCAGGAGUAGGAUCAGGGAAGAGGAUAACGGGACCCUCUAGAAAGGAAUUGAAGAAGAGGGGGAUCUCUUUGGUUUUCCCUUCCUAGGGUAAUGUUACCAUUACCCAUAGGAUUAGCCAGAGGUUGGAGUUUGUGGAGAAGGAUAAGGGAGGCAGAAAGGAGAACCCAGUUUCUCCCUGACCCUGCAGUUGGGUGUCUCCAAGAAGUAGGCCCACCUUUCUCCCCUCUGGAGGUGAGAUGGAAGUGAUCCUACAGGACACAGGCAUCUGCCCUUCCACAGUUUUCCCAAGGGAACUUGGGGAAGAGUCAGCUAUUGGAGGAAAGAGAAUGGUGUGUCCAAAGCCCUGGCCUUAAAGAUGUUAAAAGUAGUUAUUCCCAAGUUGUCUGCCAUGACCCCUGGCUUAGGUGUUUAAGCGAGAAAGGAAGAAAGGUCAUGGAGUUUUUCUCGCCCCGUGAGAACAGGGUAGAAGAGGGUAGUUUUUGUAGCAAAAGGCCCAGAGAGACAGCUUCAUUCGCCUCUAUUACCAUCCUUUGACAUUCCCCUUUUCAGAGAAUGUAAAUCAUUUUAAGUUAGGCCAAAAUAAACAACCCAUAGGGUACAUAUGUUGUCACAAAAGGUGAUGAGAUGCAUGCCAAACCAAACAACCUGGAUUACCUGCUGCUUGGGUACAAGACUGAGACGAGAAACUGCAUCGAGGGCAUUUCCGUUCUCCCACCUCAACAGGACAUUGUCCACUCUCUUCUUACCUUUGUGCCUUGACUGUGGUUCUUUGUGGCAAGAUAAUUUGGUUGGUCAAAAUAUGGAACAAAGGAUCCACUGAUGUGA